AUGGUGCAUUUUUCCAAUCGCUAUGUCACUCAAAGCUUCAUCCUAGUCUUUGGUUUCACUACCAACGUUGUUCAAGCUGUUCUUACACCCAAGCGCGCCAGCUGUGCAUGUGGGUUCGUCGAUGAUCAAGGACACGUCUGGAGGGAGGCCAUUACCACCGAUUUUACUCAAGCCGCCGGUGCCAUUGCAGCACUUGGGAGUGACUGGAUCAUGGCUUCCGACAACGAACCUCAGUCUGGGACUGCAACUGCUAACAUUCAGUAUGUUACAGCAAAUGUGAUGCAGUACAACGAUGCACUUGGUAUACAAGCUAGCGCUUACACUAGUGGCAGUGGCAAUGUCAAUUGCGGGGAAAUAUUCACAGAACGAUCAGAUAUUCUCUAUGGCUCCUUCCGCAUGCGUGCCGUGGUUCCAACCGUUCCCGGUGUCGUUUUUGGUUUCUUCUCUUAUAAAUCGGACACGCAAGAACAAGAUAUCGAAUUCCUAUCCUCAGACAUUGACUAUUAUCAACAUGUAUAUUAUACCGACCAACCAGGGACUGUCGAUGGAGUUGUCGAUCCUAAUGCACAUAAAGAUGUGGAGAUCAACGGUGCAGAUUUUACUGCCUUUGGUGAACACCGCUUUGACUGGCUGCAGAGCUCCACGAACUAUUACUACAACUCUGCGUUGGAAGCCGCAAUUACAAAGAAUGUUCUGACGGAAGGCUCCGAAAUCAUCUUGAACGUCUGGUCCAACGGCGACCCUGCCUUCUCUAAAGGUCCUCCGACGUCGAACGCUAUAGCCACGAUCCAAAACAUUGAACUGUACUUUAACUCUACAAAUUUCAGUGAAGCCGAGUUCAAUUCUGCUUGUAGUCUGGCAGGAAAUAUUGCACAAUGUAGUGUAUGA